UCCUCUCUGGAUAGGUUUCUUAUGGUGUGGAAGCUGAAGACACCAUGCAGAGCUUACAAAUUUGUAGGCCAUGCGGAAGCGGUGACCAGCGUACAGUUCUCACCAGAUGGGCAGCUACUUGCUUCAGCUUCUCAAGAUCGUACUGUCAGACUAUGGAUUCCUUGCAUUCAUGGAGAAUCAUUACUGAAAGGUCAUACAGCAUCUGUUCGUAGCGUGAGCUUCUCGCAUGAUGGCCACUUUCUAGUUUCAGCCUCCAAUGAUAAAUCAAUAAAAAUAUGGAGUGUUCGCCGUCAGCACCUCUUGUUUUCCCUAUUCCAACACACUCAUUGGGUUCGCUAUGCCAAAUUUUCACCUGAUGGAAGGCUAAUAGCAUCUUGCAGUGAGGAUAAAUCUGUUAAGAUCUGGGAUACGAGAAAUAAAACUUGUAUUGAUAGCUUCUUAGAUUAUGGAGGAUUUGCAAAUUUUGUGGAUUUCAACCCAAGUGGUACGUGUAUAGCUUCUGCAGGUUCCAAUCAUGUGGUGAAACUGUGGGAUAUUCGAAUGAACAAGCUACUGCAGCAUUACAAAGUUCACAGAGCAGGGGUUAACUGUGUAUCAUUCCAUCCUUCUGGUAACUACCUCAUCACUGCUUCUACUGAUGGUACCCUUAAGAUUUUGGACCUCUUAGAAGGAAGACUUAUUUACACUCUUCAUGGACACAAGGGACCUGUACUUUCUGUGGCUUUUUCAAAAGGUGGUGAAAAAUUUGCCUCAGGUGGAGCAGAUGCUCAG